UGGGUGGAAAAAAUAGUUUUUUGGGCCAAAGCAACUUCCUUAAUUAAUAAUUCCCACUCACUGAUCUACUCCUUAACCUCAAAUCGCUUCCUGAUUAUAAUAAAAUCUGCCGCAGAUUCAAUUUCCAAAUCUUUUAGCUCAACAAAGGCUUUUUGUUGAGAACCCGUUCAGAGUUCUCUUGAUCAAGGAAACUUCAAGGAUUCGAAUAAUGGCAGCCAAUUCUUCCAAUGGGGAUCACCAUGCAUCAACGAAGGCACCGCCCUUGCCAUCUCCCUUGCGUUUUUCCAAAUUCUUUCAGCAGUCCAAUAUGAGAAUUUUGGUUACUGGAGGAGCUGGAUUUAUUGGCUCUCACCUAGUUGACAGAUUGAUGGAAAAUGAAAAAAAUGAGGUAAUAGUUGUUGAUAACUACUUCACUGGAUCCAAAGGCAAUCUCAAAAAAUGGAUUGGUCAUCCAAGAUUCGAGCUCAAGCGUCAUGACGUCACAGAGCCUUUGUUGGUUGAAGUUGACCAGAUUUACCAUCUUGCAUGUCCUGCUUCUCCAAUCUUCUACAAAUACAAUCCUGUGAAGACAAUAAAGACAAAUGUGAUCGGUACGCUGAACAUGCUAGGGCUGGCAAAACGAGUUGGUGCAAGGAUUUUGCUUACAUCAACAUCAGAAGUCUAUGGGGACCCUCUUGUGCAUCCACAACCUGAAAGCUAUUGGGGCAAUGUUAAUCCUAUAGGGGUUCGGAGCUGCUAUGAUGAGGGAAAGCGUGUGGCUGAAACCUUGAUGUUUGAUUAUCAUAGGCAGCAUGGAAUAGAAAUACGUGUUGCAAGAAUCUUCAACACAUAUGGACCACGCAUGAAUAUUGAUGACGGGCGUGUUGUGAGCAACUUCAUUGCGCAAGCACUUCGGGGUGAACCAUUGACUGUCCAAUCUCCAGGAACACAAACUCGUAGUUUCUGUUAUGUCUCUGACCUGGUCAACGGCCUUAUCCGUCUCAUGGAAGGGGAUCACACUGGUCCAAUCAAUCUUGGAAACCCAGGUGAAUUUACCAUGAUCGAACUUGCUGAGACGGUGAAGGAGCUUAUCAAUCCAAAUGUGGAGAUAAAGAUGGUAGAGAAUACUCCCGAUGACCCUCGACAGAGAAAACCAGACAUAACGAGAGCAACGGAAUUGCUUGGCUGGGAACCGAAGGUCAAGUUGCGGGAUGGCCUUCCUCUUAUGGAAGAGGAUUUCCGUCUCAGGCUUGGAGUUGAUGAGAGCUAAACUUCUAUUACCUCAUGCCCUGUCCAAGUGCGAGUAGAGAAUAAGUUUUAAUCCCAUUUGUCCAAGGUCUUUUUCUUUUUCUUUCUUCUUUUUACUGGUUAAAUCGGUGUUGCUCCAAAUUUUGUGUUUGAAACGAUAACUCUGUUUUGAGUUAAAUUUCACAUCAAGAAAACCUUGGGGGCAGUUCCCAUUUAAAAUUUUGAUAUUUA